UUUAAUCAUCACUCACAGGCUAAGAAGAAGCAGAGAGCAAGAGACGCCUACAAUGUACAAAUCAGAGCUUCAAGCAGUGUGCCAGCAGAGAGGAUGGGAGUUGCCUACCUAUCAAGUCACUAAGCAAGGACAAGAUCACAAGCCUCUCUUUUCAGCCACCGUCACCGUCAACGCCAUCUCCUUUUCCUCUCCUUCUCCCUCUUCUUCCUCUAAGAAAGCUCAAAGCGACGUUGCUAAACUCGCCUAUGACCACUUCUCCCUCAUCUCCUCCUCCCCACCCCUUUCUGGCUAUUUGGGUGGAAGCACUGCCAAGAAUACUCGUCAAUCUUAUGAAAAUCUAACUCCCCUUUCAAAUGAAGUCGAGGCAGUCGCUAAGACUGAUAAGAGUUUUGGAGUUUCUGCAGGCUAUUUGGGUGGAAGCACUGCCAAGAAUACUCGUCAAUCUUAUGAAAAUCCAACUCCCCUUUCAAAUACAAAUCCAACUGCUGGGGAGAAUACUAGUCAAUCUCAUGAAAAUCCAACUCCCCUGUCAAAUACAAAUCCAACUCCCCUGUCAAAUGAAGCCGUGGCAGUUGUCAUAAAUGAUGAGAGUUUUGAAGUUUCUGUAGGUUGCCCGAGUGGAAGUGCUGGGGCGAAUACUCGUCUAUCUCCCAGAGGGAAAUUGCAACUAAACUUACAAGAUGCAAGUCCAACUCCCCUUUCAAAUGAAGCCGUGGCAGUUGCCAUAAAUGAUGAGAGUUUUGAAGGAUGGGAGUUCCCUACAUCUGAAGUCGCUAAACUGGAACAAGAUCACAGCCCUCUCUUUUUUGCCACGUCACCAUCAACACUGCCCUGUUGUACUCUCCUUCCCCCUCUUCUUCCUAUAAGAAAGCUCAAAACAACGCAGCUAAGCUCACCUAUAACCACUUCUCCCUCGUCUCCAGCCCUUUAUGUUUCUGCAGGUUUUUCAAGUGGAAGUGCUGGGGGGAAUUCUUGUCUAUCUCCCGGAGGGAAAUUGCAAUUAAACCUACAAGUUGCAAAUCCAACUCCCCUGUCAAAUGAAGCCGUGGCAGUUUCCAUAAAUGAUGAGAGUUUUGAAGUUUCUGUAGGUUGCCCGAGUGGAAGUGCUGGGGCGAAUACUCGUCUAUCUCCCAGAGGGAAAUUGCAACUAAACUUACAAGAUGCAAGUCCAACUCCCCUUUCAAAUGAAGCCGUGGCAGUUGCCAUAAAUGAUGAGAGUUUUGAAGUUUCUGUAGGCUGUUCGAGUGGAAGUGCUGGGGGGAAUACUCGUCUAUCUCCUGGAGGGAAAUUGCGACUAAACCUACAAGAUGCAAGUCCAACUCCCAUGUCAGAUGAAGCCGUAGCAGUUGCCAUAAAUGAUGACAGUUUUGAAGGUUUUUCAAGUGGAAGUGCUGGGGGGAAUUCUUGUCUAUCUCCCGGAGGGAAAUUGCAAUUAAACCUACAAGUUGCAAAUCCAACUCCCCUGUCAAAUGAUGCUGUGGCAGUUGCCAUAAAUGAUGAGAGUUUUGAAGUUUCUGCAGGCUGUUCCAGUGGAAGCGCUGGGGAGAAUACUCGUCUAUGUCCUGAAGGGAAAUUGCAAUUAAACCUACAAGAUGCAAAUCCAACUCACCUGUCAAAUGAAGCCGUGGCAAAAGCCAAAAGUGAUGAGAUUUUUGGAGGUAUGCAGCACUUGUUUAAAAACCAGCUGCAAACCUAUGCUCGAAAGAGAAAUUUCACUCCACCUGUGUAUUCUUGUGAGCGUGUGGGUCCUCGUCAUGCUAGUCGCUUUAAGAGCAAGGUCACAGUAAAUGGACAAACCUACGAGAGUCAAGGAUAUUUUCCCACAUUGAAUAAAGCUGAACUUGCAGCUGCAAAAGCUGCAUUGAUGUCAUUAUUGUCAAAUGGAGUUGAGGAGGAUGGGUUUGGCUAUAAGAGUCUUUUACAAGAACUGGCUCAGAGAGAAGGUUGUGGUUUGCCAACUUAUUGGACAGACAGAUCUGGUGAAGCUCAUGCGCCUACUUUCAUUUCAAAAGUGGAGAUAGAAGGAGAGAUUUUUACAGGACAAGGAGCAAAAACUAAGAAGCAAGCAGAGAUGAGUGCUGCAAAGAUUGCAUUCACAGCUCUAAAACAGCGUUACUCAAGUCGGAGCCCUGGAUUUCUCUCUACUUCCCAAUUUCAAGAAGCUCCUCGGAGCUCACCUCUCUCCCCUGCUUGCCAAUCCCAAGAAGGUCUUCAGAGCGAAACUCCUCAGUUCUCAGUUUCUAACCUGCGUGCAGGUCUCACUGCUUAUCUUCAACAAAACGUCCAACCUAAAUUGCCCGUGCUCAAUGAACAAGCUGAAGAGUACAGAGCUCUUGAAUUGCUGGCAGCAAAUUCUGUAGUUAGCAAUCAUAAUCCCUCCAUUGCAUCUCCAGGGCAAGACAGUUGUUCAGCUAUGGCAAGCAGUACACCUUCACCUGCCGCAGCCAUCUCUUCCUCGCCUAAACAUGACUUGACUUCAUCUUCUUUGCCUUCUAAUUCCCCCACUAAUUUAGCCACUAGCUCAGGUAUCGAGUUUAUGGUCCGAGGGAUUAGGGUUCUGAUUCAUCCAAGUGGGACCGAAAUGACAUAUCCUGCAGGCAGCACCGUGUUGCCCAUCAGCGAUGACAAAUGGGCUGCAGUGGAGUUGCCACCUCAACGGAGUCGGUAAAUAUUUGUUUUCCACGUGAAUGAUGGGUGCCUUUUAGUUUUAAAUCGUUGCCCUCCAAAAUUUAGGACAACGCUAGAAAGACUUUACGUUUGUAAUAAACGACGUGGCAGCAGCUUAUGCUUGGUGUUUUAUUUGUCGUUUUAUCCAUAAUUAUAAUCCUACUGUUACCUG